AUGUCGACAUCACCGCAUCAGCUCUUUCUUCUCGCCGACCACAUCAAGCUCUCGCUGCUCGAACGCCAACGCGCUGUUUCGCUGAAACUACCUUCCACCAACGAUGGACCCAUCACACGAUCACUGGAGUCUUUGCGCGCAGGACUGGAGACUUUGAGUGCGCAGGCUGAAGAGCAAGAGGGUGUUGACCUGCACACCCAAAUCCCAAAACUGCGCAAACAAUACCAAGAACUAUCCGCGCAAUUCAACGGACACACUCCCACAACAUCCACCCCCACCCCCAAUGAUACCUCUCUAGCCUCUGAUUUCGCAGCUGCAAGGAUCACACCAUCACGCAAUAAAUCCGUCCGCUUCGAUAAACCAUACCGCGACGCUUCUCCAGACGAUACCACCUCCCGAGACGCCCUUUUCAGCAAUCCUGGCUCUGCUGCUGCUUCACAACAACCCUACACCGAUGACGAGACCACACCCGAUCAAUCGCAACUCUCGAAUGAGCAAAUCCAUACCUAUCAUAAACAAGUGCUCUCAGAUCAAGAUGCUCAGCUCGAUGCUCUGUCAUCGAGUAUAGGCAGACAAAGGAUGUUGGGUAUACAGAUGGGAGAUGAAAUGGACGAUCAGAAUGCCAUGCUUGAUGAUGUAGAGCGAGGGGUCGAUCGUUUCCAGGGAAACCUCGAUCGUGCAAGAGGAAGGCUAGGCAAAGUGGCCAGGAAGGCGAAAGAUAAUUGGAGUUGGGUCACCAUCGGAGUCUUGAUCUUGAUCUUGGUCUUGUUGUUGGUUAUUCUGAACUAG